AUGUUUGACACAUCCAAGUUCGAUCGUUGGGCUCGCUACACUUUUGUCGAGUUGGCAGAUCCGAGAACCACCCACUGGCCUCUUCUUGGUAGUCCGGUACCAUUAUUCACCAUCAUUGGACUAUGGGUCUAUUUCGUGUUGUCGUGGGGUCCCAAACUGAUGGCCAAUCGAAAGCCUUUCAAGUUGCAAAAAUUAAUGGUGGCCUACAAUGCAGUUCAAGUAAUCAUAAGUACAUAUCUUGCUUACCCUGGAAUCUUUGAUUGUUACGUUUUUGGGUCGUACAGUUGGACAUGCGAACCUGUCGAUAGAUCGCGUAGUCCUCUGGGAAUGAAAAUCGCUCGUAUUGUUUACUUUUACUAUUUAGCAAAAUUAUCUGAAUUAUUGGACACAGUUAUCUUUGUGUUACGAAAAAAAGAUAAACAGAUCUCAUUUUUGCAUGUUUAUCAUCAUGCUGGCAUGCCAAUUGUCAGUUGGGUCAUCGCCAAAUAUGUUCCAGGUGGUCAUGUUGUGUUCGCAGGACUGCUUAAUUCGAUUGUUCACAUAGUAAUGUAUGCAUAUUAUAUGAUUGCCGCGAUGGGUCCACAAUAUCAGAAGUAUUUGUGGUGGAAAAAGUAUAUCACGUCAAUGCAAUUGGUGCAAUUUGUGUGGGCCUUCAUUCACUUUUCGCAACUUAUGGUGUUCGAUUGUGGCUUCCCAAAAUGGAUUAUGGUUGUCGCUGUGCCAAAUUCAGUUUUUUUCUACGGACUGUUCCGCGACUUUUACAACAAAGCUUACAAUCAAAAACAAGAAAGAGAAAAUAAAGCCCGAAAGGCACUUGCGAAUAAUUGUGUUGAUGGAGUCACACAGAAAGAAAAUCUGUUAAAAGAAAAAGCUCAAUAGUUGAAUUAUUUUGUGUAUAAUUUAGUUUUAAU